AGUUCUCUUUAGUGUUUGCCAAGGUUGGAGGUGUAACUGGGGUCUGUCCCUGGACGAAGUGACAGAGCAUGGCUCAAAUGAAAGUGCAGACUUCAUCCCCCUUGUCUGGGUCUGGCCUGUCCACUGUGGCACCCCCUGUGGCCAUGCCCAGCCCAGGAGCUCUGGGUCUGCAGCCCACCUUCAAUGGCACAGUGCCAGCAACAACACCCACCUGUCCCAGCCCUGCCUCUGGCUUUGUGGACUCCACUGUACCAGCCAACCCAUCAGGCCCUCCUGAAGAAAACAUGGCAAACCCUAAAGAGAAAACGCCCAUGUGUCUGGUGAAUGAGUUAGCCCGUUUCAACAGGAUUCAACCUCAAUACAAACUGCUGAAUGAGAAAGGACCUGCCCACGCUAAGAUCUUUACCGUGCAGCUGUGCUUGGGGAACCAGGUAUGGGAGGCAGAAGGCAGCAGCAUCAAAAAGGCCCAGCACUCCACAGCAACCAAGGCCCUGACAGAGAGCAGUCUACCCCGGCCUCCUCCCCGAUCUCCUAAAGCCGACAUCUCUAACAGCAACCCAGGCAGCAUCACUCCUACAGUGGAGUUGAAUGGCCUGGCCAUGAAGCGAGGGGAGCCAGCUGUCUAUAAACCCCUGGACCCCAAACCAGCCCCUAACUACAAAGCCAAUUAUAACUUUAGAGGAAUGUUCAACCAGAGGUACCAUUACCCAGUGCCUAGGGUAUUUUAUGUGCAGCUGACGGUGGGGAACAAUGAGUUUAUCGGAGAUGGGCGGACUCGUCAAGCUGCCCGACACAGUGCAGCCAUGAAAGCCCUUCAGGCCCUUAAGAACGAACCCAUUCCAGAAAGACCACCUCAGUGUCCAGAUGAAAAGGUGACAGAGGAGAACAGUGAUGCCAGCAAAUCAGAGAUCAGCCUGGUCUAUGAGAUCGCCCUAAAGAGGAACCUGCCUGUUAAUUUUGAGGUGCUGAAGGAAAGCGGACCCCCACACAUGAAGAGUUUCCUCACACGCGUAACGGUGGGAGAGAUCUCGGCAGAGGGAGAGGGGAACAGCAAGAAGCUCUCCAAAAAGAGAGCAGCCCUCUCCAUCUUACAGGAGCUGAAAAAACUGCCGGUCCUUCCUUUAGUGGAGAAACCCAAAGUGCAUUACAAGAAACGGCCCAAGACCAUAUUGAAGACAGGACCAGAAUACGGACAGGGCAUGAACCCUAUAAGCAGACUGGCUCAGAUUCAACAGGCUAAGAAGGAGAAGGAACCAGAAUACAUGCUGCUGUCCGAGAGAGGGAUGCCGCGCCGCAGAGAAUUCAUCAUGCAGGUGAAAGUAGGCACUGAGGUGACCACAGGAACUGGACCCAAUAAGAAAGUGGCUAAGCGUAAUGCAGCUGAGGCAAUGCUGCUUCAACUGGGCUACAAGGCAUCUACACCAUUACAGACCACUCCAGAAAAGAUGGACAACAAAGGCUGGAAUGGACAAAGGGCUGCUUUUCCUGAAACAACGACCAACACACAGAAAGGAAUUCUUCACCUCUCCCCAGACGUGUAUCAGGAAAUGGAAGCAAGCCGGAAUAAGGGAGCCCCCGGUGCCCCUGGAAACUACCUGACACCCAAAGACAUUGGCCAGGGGCCGUUCUACACCCCUUCAGUGGGCAACACUGCAGCGAUCGCCAGAGAGCUGCUACUGAGCGGCACUUCACCCACCGCUGAAGCCCUGAUCCUGAAAGGAAAAGCACCUGCUUUACCCUGUGGCUCCAUCCAGCCUUCCCAGCAGCUGGAGUACUUAGCCCACAUUCAAGGAUUCCAGGUGCAAUACACAGACAGGCAAACUGACAAAGAGUGUAUGACUUACCUAACUCUCUCACCUGUUCAGAUGACCUUCCACGGCAUUGGGAGCUCCAUUCCAGCUAGCCAUGACCAGGCUGCUCUGAGUGCCUUGAAACAGCUGUCAGAACAAGGACUGGACCCGGUGGACGGACCAAUCAAGGUAGAAAAUGGAUCAUGUGACAUGUAUGUGCACACAGAACUACAAGCGAAACGUCUGACUGAGAGGACAGACAGUAAACUGACUAACUCAGGAACCACUGCUCAGGACUGCAAGGAUUCAAAGGCUGUCGUCUAGGAACUGACCCCGCUCCCCACUGAGAGCCCCCACGACCGCCGCUGCAUCCUUCUACACAUGUCAACAUGCAAUAUGGUGGAUGUGUCCCAUGAUAACUAAAAGACAAAAAAGGCAUUUUCUUGAGUCUAUGUGAAGACAACACUAUCUGAACACAACAUUUAUUUACUCUAGAGUUACUUAAAAAGAGCAAGCAAGCUAAUAUAAAAAAAGGAAAAAAAUGUUUAUUGCAUGGUACUGUUUGAAAAACAAGGGAAACUUCAGUGACAGUGUAGAAUUUCCCCAUUUGAUAGAUGUUUGAAUAUUAUUUUCACCUUGUCUCCUAGUGAUAUGGUUUAAAACAGGCUUAUAACAUGCCAUUAAUAGAAAAAAAGCAUUAUUGGGGGCAAACAAAGUUGUGUAUCUUAUUUUGGUGGGUUAUAUUAUUUUCCUUUUCUCUUUAAUCUAUGAAUAACAAUGCUUGAGUAUUUAAGGAUUAACCAAUGCGAGUGCUGUGAAGUCGUAGAUGUUGUCUUCAUAUAUAGUCACCCAGCUUACCGUACAUGCUGACAUAAAGCAUUCAUCUAUCUAUAUGGAUGUAUAUGAAUUGUAGAAUAAUCAUACCCAGAGGAAAACAAAAACAAAAACUAUGAGUGUAAAUGGACAAAAUUGAUACUAGAGGUAAACAGCAUAUUAUCACCCAUGAUACAGCUAAUCUAAGGUGUCCAAAUCGAACAAACAACACUCUUGCCUUCUAAAACGUUUUUUUGAGGAUAGAAUUGCGUGACAGAAAUACAAGAGCCUGUCGAUUUGUGCCUCUAGCAAAUUCCUGUUUGAUGAUUGUUUCCUUCUCCAUCAGUUUUGUCCAGCACAUCUACACCCAUGUUGUGUGUUGUAUUGACUUGAUACAUCAACUGAUUGCUUUUAAGGACUGCAUUCUGAGAGCCUGUAAUCAAUGGACAGGCUCUCUUUUCAAAAUGAUUGAGUCGUAGAAAGAACAAUUACUUGACCUGUCAAAAGUAACUCACUAGAAGAGCGUUUUUCUCUCCCUGAAGAUCUACAAUGUAACAAAAGACAUGUUGGUUACCUAAAAUGCAGUAAAAUCACAUCAGUUCAUGUUGAAACCAG